UUAAUUUUUCAGAAUUUGUUCAUUCUCCUCAUCGAAUCGAAGUUUUUCUUUGCGAAUUUAUACAAUAGGUUUAUAAAAGCAAGCACACUAUGAUCAAGUCAUUCAAGUCAUACCUUAACCUCAAGUCCUUUUACACCAAGAGUUCAAUCUCAAGUUUCAAGUCCGAACCCCUUGUCGGCAGAUAUCAUGUAUCAAGACUCAAGAGUCAAGACAACGAAGAUCUAUAUUUAAUAUCAGAUCAAAUCUUACUUCAAGUUUGAACCAUGGGUUGACAAGUAUACACUGGACAGGUCGACAUGCCGUCUAGAACGAGGUCGAGGACUGUUAGCAGGAGCAGGAGCAGAUCACCUGCCACCAGGGGGAGCAGGUCACCAAGCCGUACUCCUCCAAGGAGAGACAGCAGGAGCAGGAGUAGGUCACCAGCCAGAAGGGAUCGAUCUAGAUCUAGAUCAUAUGUCAAGAGGCGUCGUGACUCAUCUCGAAGCCCGAUGUCGAAUCGUCGGCGCCAUGUUGGUGACCGUGAGGAGCCCGAUCCAAGCAAGUGUAUUGGGGUUUUCGGACUUAGUCUCUAUACUACAGAGAGGCAAUUGGACAAGGAGUUCGGCAGGUUUGGUGAGAUGGAGAAGGUUCAGGUUGUACUAGAUGGGCAUUCAGGACGCAGCCGAGGAUUUGCGUUCAUCUACUACGCAUCAGUUGAUGACGCCGCAGAGGCUAAACGUGAGAUGAAUGGAACUGAGCUUGAUGGGAAGAAAAUCCGUGUAGAUUUCUCGAUCACUAAACGAGCACAUACUCCAACCCCGGGCAUGUACAUGGGUCGACCCACAGGGGGUAGAUCUAGGACGGAGAGAAGUGACAGAGGAGAUCGAGACCGAGAUGACCGUGAUCGUCGAGGAUACGGGGACCGGGAUUAUGAUCGUCGUCGGCGAUCCCCGAGUCCCAGAUAUAGACGUCGAAGCCGAAGCUACUCCCCCGUCCCCAGAUACAGGGCUGAUCGUUAUUGAGUCGAGAUCUGAAUUAAACUCAAUCUGAACCUGUUCUGUAUCAACCUUGAGAAAGAGAUCAAAUCGUUGCUGCAAAUUAUCCUCUCUCACCUUGUAUUAUUCUUAACAUUAUACAGUAUACACUCUUAUUCCCUAUUUAAAAUUUUCAAUUGUAAAUUCUAUAUUUAGAACUAGACGUUCGUUUAUUUACACCAAAAUGAAUCCUCUGUAAAACCGUUCUUAAUUUUACACUUCCCAUUUUAAUUUUUCAAUCGUCAAAUUUUAAUUCUAUUUGAAUGUAGCAGUUGAGUACGAAAUGUUUGUUUAUUUACCUUUUUGUCUUCUAUACGAUAAAACGAAUGCACUGAAUAUUGUAUUUAAAUCAAAGUAUGGAACGUUAACGAUUCCUUUACUCACUAUUAACCCUGUCAAGGCAAGCCUAUUGUUAGUGUACAAAAUUCUGAAAAUUUAGACGAUAAUAAUUAUGAAAUUUUUCAGA